AUGUGUGUUGAUGCGGCAGAGUAUGUAAAUAGAUCCCACCCUCAGCUUUACUACAUUACGGUGUUCCACGAGGUACCCUGUGAUUACUACCGUCGCUAUAAGAAUCUACAGCAGAAAGGGCAGCUAGGCGAUGAGGUAUCCCCAUCUGAAGCGCUACUAGUGGAAGACGGGACGGGGGCCGUGAAGACUUCAGACGAAUUCCUUGCUGAGGUGCAGGAUAGGACGGCCUUCCGCGUAGAGUCCGUUGACCCAUCAUUCCCAGACUCGUAUGAGAGCAGAGCUCGGACUGCGUGGAUGGACUUUUUGACCAAAAGAGGUAACUUGUACAGCUGGAUGUCUGUGACAAUAGGAGACCGCCCUGUGGGUCGAAUUACAUUCGAGCUCUAUUCGAAAGUAUUGCCGAGGACUUGUCAGAAUUUUUGGUUACUCUGCCGUGGGGAUGUGGGUACCGCAACUUCAGACGAGGACGGUGCGCCGAUUCAGUUGGCAUACAAGGGCACCACCUUCUUUCGCAUCCUAAAGGAUGCCUGGGUGAUGGGUGGUGACGUGACCGCCGGGCAUAGCGGCAAUGGCGGGUACUCUUGCUUUGGUCGCUACAUACCAGAUGAGUCUUUUCAUAUUGCACACGAUGAGCCAGGUGUGCUUGGCAUGUGCAACGAUGGCCCCAACACCAGUGCCUCGUCCUUUUACAUCACUCUCAAGAGGAUGUCCUGGAUGAAUGGGCGAUACGUUGCUUUUGGACGUGUCAUCGACGGCAUGGACGUGUUGGAUGCCAUUCAUGGCGUCGAGACGAGGCACAAUCAGUCUCCAAAGGAAACUAUUCUCAUAGAGGAUUGUGGCGUGCUAAACGGGGCGAUGUAG